AUGGCCUUCCCGCCCUUUGGACAUCCGUACGGCAGCGCGUCCCAGUUUCUGGUGUCUGCGAGUUCCGGUGCCGCUUGCUGUGAAACUGUCCCGCGAUCGGUGUCAGAUGUGGUCUCGGCCUCCACCUCUGCCUCUACUCUUUGCUGUACACCCUACGACAGCCGGCUGCUGGGCAGUGCUCGGCCAGAGCUGGGUGCUGCCUUGGGUAUCUAUGGAGCACCCUAUGCAGCUGCUCAGAGCUACCCUGGGUACCUGCCCUAUGGUCCAGAGCCUUCCCCACUAUGUGGUGCCCUGAAUCCCCAGUAUGAGUUUAAGGAUCCUGCAGGAAACUUUACCCCCAGCCUGACCCAGCCAGGGGCCUAUUACCCCUAUGAGCCAACUCUGGGGCAGUAUCAAUAUGACAGGUAUAGCGGAGUGGAGCUGAGCGGUGCCGGCCGCAGGAAGAAUGCCACGAGAGAGAGUACCAGUGCCCUCAAGGCCUGGCUGCAUGAACACCGCAAAAACCCGUACCCCACCAAGGGCGAGAAGAUCAUGCUGGCCAUCAUCACCAAGAUGACCCUCACCCAGGUGUCCACUUGGUUCGCCAACGCGCGCCGGCGCCUCAAGAAAGAGAACAAAAUGACGUGGGCACCCAAGAACAAAGGUGGGGAGGAAAGGAAAACAGAAGGUGCAGGAGACGCUCUGGGCUGCCUGACCGGUGACACCAAAGAUGCUACUGCCAGCCAGGAGGCCCAGGGACUACGACUGAGUGACCUGGAAGACUUGGAGGAAGAGGAGGAAGAGGAAGAAGCAGACCAAGAGGAGGCAGGGGUCUCAGCAUCUCGCAGGCUGGCGGAUUUUCAGAAGAGUGCGCUGUCCCUGCCUGCUCCCUGCACCGCCACUCAAGGGGGCCGCUUGGAAAGCAGGGAGUGUGCUCUGGCGGUACCCUGCUUCCCCUUCACUGAGGCCCCGCGAUCGGGAGAAGCUGAUUUCAUUACUGCAGAGUCAAGUGGCUCCACAAUGAUCGUGCACUACCCAAGCGGCCAGAAACCCCGAAUCUGGUCCUUGGCUCACACUGCGGCAGCCAGCGCUGUCGAAGGUGCUCCCUCCACCCCGCCCAGGGCACAAAGUCCAGAGUGCCAUACGAUUCCCAGACAGCCCAUCUCCAUCAGGCGACUCCUGGUCCCCAGAGACUCCACAGUCGAAGAGGAUUCCCUCGCAGCCAAAGCCUUUGGGAACACCACGUUCUCUCUGCAGGGGCUGCCGCUGAACUGUGCGCCUUGCCCAAGGCGGAGGGAGCCUGAAGUGCGGUUCCAGUAUCCCUCUGGAGCAGAAGAUCUGGUGUGA